GCCAGUAUGGUACAUUCGUUGAUAGAAGCGUAUUCCUUACUUGACCAGGUGAAGAUAGUCAAGCCAAAAGUGGCCUCCAUGGAGGAGAUGGCAAGCUUCCACACAGACGCCUACCUGCAGCACCUGCAGAAGGUCAGUGAGGAGGGGGAUGAUGACCAUCCGGAGUCCGUGGAGUAUGGACUGGGUUACGACUGUCCAGCUACCGAAGGGAUCUUUGAGUAUGCAGCAGCUGUGGGAGGAGCCACCAUCACCGCAGCCCAGUGCUUGUUGGACGGCAAGUGCAAGGUAGCAAUUAACUGGCCUGGAGGGUGGCAUCAUGCAAAGAAGUAA